UGGAAAGGGAACUUACACCUAAAAGAUAUAAUCUGAGCAGCUUCGCUGCCAAAGCCAGUAGGAGGACUAGAGUAAGGGCUGAAGACAAUAAUAUUUUCGAUGGGCUCACUAAAGCAGUGAAGCAAACUUCUUCAUACAGAAGCCGCCAGCAUAUGGCGUCCAUGAUGAUCAAAGAACGAUCUCUUGAUGCUUCAACUAAGCAGGUACCUGCUUUUCCGAAACUUGACUCUAAAACAUCAUCCGAACGUAAACUUAAGAUUAGCUCAACAAAUUCUGAAGCAAGGCAGCGGCCAAGCUCGAUCUUGAAUAGAGAUCUUUAGACAAAAAAGAUCUAACUUUGCAAAACUCAAUAAGGCAACUUUGAAGAAGAACUCUAAGAAAUUGAAGAACCUGAAAAUCCUCAAAAUUGCAAAGAGAGGAUCUGAGGCAUUUCAGAAAAUUCUUCAUAAUGCUAAACCACCAUUGCCGAAGAAGGCUGUAGGGAAGUUAGAAGUAGAGAAAAGAUCGAUCAAACCAAUUGUUUCCUUCCUAGAUUACAGGAGAAAUAGUCAUAAGCUUAGCACAUAUGCGGAGAAAAAGCAGUCCUUCCACAGUAUCUUCAAAGCCUCUUUUCAAAGAAAGCCCUCUGCUAUAAAUGAUCUUAGGUCUGACUUAGGAUCUCGAAACAGGAUGAAUGCUACUUCAGUCACUCAGACAGCUUCAAGGAUAAAUUUCCUUCCAAAGCAGAAGCCUCUUAACAAAAGGAAGGAAGAAAAAUAAGAAAUUGAUUACAAAAUUACUCAGUAAAAACUCAAGUAAUAUCGAUCCGAAUUCUAUAAUUUUCCAAAUUCCAAAUUCUGUGAUCUUAAAAUCCAAGCAAUGGUCAUUGGCGAAUGAUAAGCUGGCUGAGAUAAACCAGACUGUGAUAUCAGAAUGAAAUCUGCUACUUUGCUCUAAAUCUAAUGGCUAUAAUCGACAGGGUCUAGAUAAAGCUAUUAAGACGUAUAUUGAACGAGACUUGAUCCAAAAACUGAAGAAAAAUACCUGGAAUUGGAUCGUAGCCAACAAGCCUGAGUAUGUAAAUUUCAUGGCGAAUAAUUAUGAGAAGUUCAAAAAGUGGUUGAUCAACAUAAAGGUUAAGCAAACUAGUUCCCUGAAAUUACACUUAAACGGGCAAAUCUUAACUGAAAAGAGAGAGAUCAACGAAGAAGAGUUAACAUUCUCCAAGAAAACAUUUAGCAGGAUGAUGGACAACUUUGGCCUCGGCAAAGACAAGGAAACGUUGGAAUAAAAAUCUUUUGGGUACUUGAUAAGGAUGACUCAGGCGAUCUCGACUAUCUCGAAUUUAUACUGGGAAUUCAGAUGAUGAAACAAAAUUCCUUUAAGGAAUAAAAUUCAUUACCUUCUUUGAUAUGUGAGAUCUUGAUGGAGAUGGUUAUGUUGAUAAAAGAAUGUUCAAGAUGUUAAAGCACUCAAAUCUUAAAAUUCCCAUCUCUAACUGGAAGAACUCCCAGCAGAUCUCGCGAGAGGAUCUAGUGAAGAGCCUCGAAGAUCAAGAGUUCAUUAAGAAGCUGAAACCAUUUAACCUAUCUGAAUAUUUUAAGGAAUAUGAGAGCCUUAUAGACCUCCAGGCGAAUGAUAUCGGGAAUAUGGCUAAAAUAUGCAAAGCAUUAGGAGAGAAGU